GUACAAUGCUAAAGAUUUUUUUCCUUAAAUAGUCAACUACUAUAGUAGUACCUCUUCAUUCAUAGCUCAAUUGUUCUUGUUUGCUUCAACCAUGGAGAACCAAUAUUCUUCCUGCUUAUGCUACUUAGCUAUCUCACUUUUUUUUCUUCCAAUUUUAUUCAAAUAUUUUUUCCAUGGAAGAAGAAAUCUACCUCCAAGUCCACUUUCUAUUCCACUAAUAGGUCACCUUUACCUUGUCAAGAAAACUCUGCAUCUGACUCUAACAUCCUUAUCAGCUAAAUAUGGUCAUGUUUUAUACCUCAAGUUGGGUUCUAUGCCUGUGGUUGUUGUGUCUUCACCGUCUGCUGUUGAAGAAUGUUUAACAAAGAAUGAUAUCAUAUUUGCAAAUAGGCCUAAAACCUUAGCUGGUGACAAGUUUACCUUCAAUUAUACUGUCUAUGUUUGGGCACCCUAUGGCCAACUUUGGAGGAUUCUUCGCCGAUUAACUGUUGUUGAGCUCUUCUCUUCACACAGCCUCCACAAGACUUCUACCCUUAGAGAUCAAGAAGUUGCAAUUUUUAUCCGUUCCUUGUACAAAUUCACAAAGAGUAGUAGUAGUAACACAAAAGUGGAUUUGACCAAUUGGGCUUUUACAUUGGUUUUCAACCUUAUGACCAAAAUUAUUGCUGGGAGACAUAUUGUGAAGGAGGAAGAUGCUGGUAUGGAGAAGGGGAUAGAAAUGAUUGAUAAACUUAGAGGGACUUUUUUAGUGACAAUAUCAUUCUUGAAUAUGUGUGAUUUCUUGCCAAUGUUGAGGUGGAUUGGUUAUAAAGGGCUGGAAAAGAAGAUGGCCAUAAUUCACAAUAAAAGAAAGGAAUUCCUCAACAGCUUGCUUGAUGAAUUUCGACACAAGAAAAUUAGUGGUACUGUUGGGAAUAUGGAGAAGAAAACCACACUGAUUGAAACUCUCUUGUCUUUCCAAGAAUCAGAGCCUGAAUUCUACACAGAUGAUAUCAUCAAAAGUAUUAUGCUGGUGAUUUUUGUUGCAGGAAUAGAGACCUCAUCAUCGACAAUCCAAUGGGUAAUGAGGCUUCUUUUGGAUCACCCUGAGGCAUUGCAUAAGCUAAGAGCUGACAUUGACAGCAAAGUGGGGAACAAGCGCUUGCUUAACGAAUCUGAUCUUACCAAGCUUCCAUAUUUGCGUUGCGUUGUCAAUGAGACAAUGAGAUUAUACCCUCCGGCACCACUUCUAUUGCCUCAUUAUUCAACUGAUGAUUGUACUGUUGGAGGAUAUGAUGUACCAAAACAUACAAUGCUUCUUGUCAACGCUUGGGCCAUUCAUCGGGAUCCUAAGGUAUGGGAGGACCCUGAAAAGUUCAAGCCAGAGAGAUUUGAGGCAAAAGAAGGGGAAACAGAAAGAUUCAAUUACAAGCUUGUACCGUUUGGAAUGGGGAGAAGAGCGUGCCCUGGAGCUGAUAUGGGAUUGCAAACAGUUUCAUUGGCAUUAGGUGCACUUAUUCAAUGCUUUGACUGGCAAUUUGAGGAAGAGGAAAGCUUGGAAGCAAGCUACAAUUCUAGAAUGAGUAUGCAGAACAAGCCUUUGAAGGCUGUAUGCACUCCACGCCAACACCUUGUCCAGCUUCUAUCUCAGCUAUGACACAGUUUUAUGUAUACUGGUGUAAUCGGUCUUCUGUACCCACUCUGCUGCUCUUGUAUGAUAUUGACACUCAUUACAAGGGAAUUGUUACUAUCCUGUGUGAUAGCAAAUGUUGUAAAAGUAAUCAUGAUUAUGUGAGAACUAAUAGAUCCAAGGUUAUGUAAUGCUGAAGAGAAUAUUAUGUUAUAAGAUGUUUUAGCUCUCUUAGUAGUAUUUGGGAAUAAUAUUGCUGAAUGUUUAUAUGA